CGGGAUGUUGGGGAGGGCCGUGGUGGGUAGAAUGAACGAGUUCUUCUUCGUCCAAGAACAGAGAUGGAGGAAAGGGGAGUAAGUCGAGGUUGGGAAGUAGGUCGAAGUCGGCGUCUAGGACGACGAAGUAGGCUUUCUGCAAGGCUAGAACAUGAUGACGGAGUCUGUGUGGACGAAGUGGUUUGUGGAUUAGGAAGAGGGAUAACGGAUGGAGACGAAACCAAGGGAGGUAGGAGUGGUGAAGACAGGGGUGGUAGAGUAGUCGGAAUGUGCGUAACAGGUGGCGAUAAAACCAGGGGAAAUAAAGGCGGUGAAGACGGGGGGGACGAAGUCCCGUGUGGUGAAGUGGCUGAAGCAGAGACAGGUAGGGGAGUCGUAGGUGAGACCCGAAGAGGGGACUCUGCAGAUGGUAAUGCAGGCAUGGCCACAGAUGCCAUGGAGGAACGCACCGAGACCACGGGCGACACAGCAGCUGCGGUGGUCACAGAUGCCAUGGAGGAACACACCGAGACCAAGGGCGACACAACAGCUACGGUGGCCACGGAUGCCAUGGAGGAACACACCGAGACCAAGGGCGACACAGCAGUUGCGGGUCGAGUUGCUCCCAUCAAUCAUAGGAGCAACCAAGGCCGAUGAGGAAGAGGCUGCGAACCGAAAAGGGGCAGCCAGGGUCACAAACGGCAUGGAAGGUGUUACUAAGACUGAUGAGGGCGCAGUUGCGGCAGACACAGGUAAUGAAAAAGAGGUUGUGAU